GUCAAAUGUCUGACGCAUGGUCAAGGCCCUUUGUCGUCGCUUUUUAAAGACUUGGGUAGCCCUUUUGCAUCAAUUAUUGACGUUUAGGGAUCUACAGUCUGAUGGAGGAAAACUUUGUGCUCCUGUUGCUCCUUCUGUCUCCAGCAGCUUCAGACCCUGAUGUGGUCCAGGUGAACCCUGGAGAUGACGCCACUCUGCCCUGUCAGGUUCACAGGGCCCCCAUCAGAGCCGUAGAGUGGACCAGAACCGACCCGGAGUCUCCGGUCCUCUUCUUCAGAGAUGGACACACAGACACCCCGUUUAAAGGCCGGGUCCAGCUGCUGGACCGGGACCUGAAGGACGGAGACGUGUCUUUAAUUCUGAAGAACGUGAGCAGCAGCGACGCCGGGACGUACGAGUGUCGAGUCGCAGCAGGUAGAUCCAGAUCUAAGAGGGCCCUCAUUGAGGAGCCUCCCAUCAGAAGGAUCCGCCUGGAGGUUCCAGACCCAGGUCCCAGGUCUGGAGACACCGAGGACGCGGACUACAGGCUGUAUGCUGGACUGGCAGCAGCAGCAGCAGCAGCAGCAGCAGCAGUUUGUUUAGCUGCUGUUGCAGUGGGGGUCCGGAGGACAUGCUGACAAGAAACCAGAACCGUCUCCUGAUGGAGCCGAUCAGCUCCUCUGAUCUCUGAGUGCCUCGACAUGACAGAGUUUCCUUUUGCCCGUUCUGUCAGUCACAGAGGGGGAACAGGUCCACAGGGAUCAGGUCUUAGCCUGCUGUUUUCUUAUUCGCUCACAGACUGAAUGUUGGUCCUGUAGUUCCCACCCUGCUGGAGCUGCUGUCUAGUUCUGUUACUACAACGCUGCCCCUGACUAGGACUACUAGCAGCUUUGUAAAGAGAGUCAUGUAUUAAAUUAAAUGAGGUGAGGAACAGACUUUCAUAACAAACUGAAAGACUGAUGUGCUAAAUAAAACUCUGUUCUGAUGCGG